UAGUAUACGAUACUAUCGGAAAACGUAUUUUUAUUACUACUGCGUUAGUACGCUUCAUUCUACUGCAUUCUACUAUCCGUCUGGUUGACGUGGUCAUAUAAAGUAUGUCGACGACGCCUUCUUACUACCGAUCCGUACGUGCAGUCUCACCGAUAGUCAUAUUGCAUACAUAUACUAGUAUACAUGUAAUACUUUUGAGAGUGUACACACGCACAUGCGCGCGCACAUGAAAUACCUUGGGCCUAUUCGAUUCUAUUCAAGAUGGAGAGAAAAGAACGUAAGAUCUCGGUAAGGUGGUAGUAAUAAACAAAAGAUUUCAAAGAUACAUAUCUAUUGUUAAGAUAUUAAUGUAAUAUUGAACGAUAAAAAAAUGGCAAAAUCUGUAUUGAGCUCGGAUACCUUACCAAAAGCAGGUCGAGUUAAUGAAGUAUGUCGGGAGUGGUUGGUGCACGAGGAUGGAGCAUUGGCAUAUAGAUUACAAGAUGAAGAAAUUAAGGAACAUUAUUCGGGUAAUAAGGUGCGUAAUGCUCAGGUACGAGAAGAUCUUCCAAGGGCCAGGGUAGAACAAGAAUUAGAGGCAAUAAGAUAUCAAAAUUAUAUACAACAGCAGUUAGUAAAUCCAUUGGAAGAAAGAGAUGCCGUUGUAGCAAGACAAAUUGCAUUGUCAUUGGAAAGAGAGGAACAUCAAAAAGAAAGGGAGGAGCAUCAAAAAGAAAGGGAAGAACAUCAAAGAGAAAGGGACGAGUAUCAAAGAGAAAGAGAAUUACAAGAACGGAUGAGAUCGCAGUUAAGGCUAGACGAUGAAACAUUAUCGAUGAGAUUGGAAAUUGAAAGACGCAUACAAGAGGAAAAGGAUGAAGAAUUAGCAAGAAAGUUGCAGGAGGAAGAAGAAAGUGCUAUGGACGAUCAUGAUUCUCCGAUUAACGAACAAUUAUUAUUAGAUCAAAAAAUUGCAAUGGAAGCUCAGGAUGCUGAAUUAGCACGUAUGCUUCAAGAAAAAGAACGUGCUAAGGCAAGAAAAGCGAGAGAAAGAGCUAGGCAAAAGAAAUUAGAAAAGCAACAGAUGCAACAACUUGAACAACAUACUUUAAUAGAUAGACCACAACGACCGGAUAAAAUUGAUUUAAGAAAUUCGUCGAGUAAAAAUCGAACGAGACACGAUAACAAUUAUACGCAAUAUCCGGAUCCCGAAGAGAUACAAACGCUUGAUAAUCAUGUUGAAGAAAUACAAGAAGUACCGAAUGUAGCUGCCAUUAUUGAUCCAACUUAUAAUAUAAAUGAACAUCGAAAUACGUCAAGCAGUUCGAGUAAUACGGUUAGUCCAACGUUUGUAUUACCUACACCACCGCAAGAAUUAAUGGUAGACGAUGCACCAUGUUAUAUGCCGAUACAAGGACAACGACGAAAUCAAAAUCAAUCUCCUUCACAAGCACACGAAGAAAAGCACAAGAGGCGAGUUAAAGAUGGAUGUAAGCAUCAAUGAAACAAAAAUAACGUGCCUAUCGUAUUUAAUUAAUGCAUAAGUAUAAUAUACUCGUCUUUUUUAGUAUUAAACAUUUAUCAGAAGUAUAAAAGUAUCUCGUAAGAAUAAUACUUUCACUAUUUCUUGGUAAAUUUAUCGCGUGAUAAAAUGAUACACAUAAUUAAGUACGUGAUCAACGAAUUUUUUAUACAAAUUUUUCUCGCAAUAAUUCCACAUUAAUCCGUAGUUGCCUCAAUUCCAUUGAAAGUAGAAUAAUAUAUACGUUUAUAAAGAGGUAAAUGAAAUUUUUCUAUAAUUGUAGUGAAAUCGAUAUCACUACUUUUUUCUCUAGCUUUAAGAUUCGUCUUUGAAAAUUGUAUUGUUAUGAAAAUUUAGAUGCUAUUAUUAUGCCAACAAUAGUACACAUUUUAGUGUGUUUCAUCAAAUAUGAAACCGUACGUGCCUUUUUGGAAAGGUACGAUUUGUAAAAUCAUCAAUCUUUUUAUCUGGUACCAAAUCGAGAUAAUUCGAAGAAAUAAUUGAAGAAAGUUAAAAUAUUACAAGAAAUCGUACCAUUUUCUAAUCACUUAUCUGCCUUUUCUAUUAUAUAUAUAUAUAUAUAAAAAUCUUUAAUAAUCUUAAGAAAAAAUUCUCAUUCUAAAAUGAUCAGUUUAAAAAUCAUUUAUUCUCGAUAUUUCUGAACUUGUAGGAAAUAUAAGAAGGAGAUUAGAUAUAGGUAAUUAUAACUAAUGUCAUAUGAAGUUUAUUUAUUAGUAAGUCAUUAAAAAGAUUAGAUUGAUAAUCAGAGCACAGUUAAUGAAAAUUAAAUAUUUCAUGUAUCAUUUCACCUUUAUAUGGAGGAAAGAUGAAAAUCUCAAAAAGGAACGUUUUUGAUUAUAAAGAAAGAAAUAACAUUUUUUUUUUUUGUUAAAUAUUCAAAUAUAAAUGCAGUGUUUCAAGCUC